GAGGGAGGAGAGCAAAAGGAUAGAGAAUGAUGGAAGGCUUCGGAUUGGGUUGUUCCUCUUCACCCAGAGGCAUGGCAUCCUCUCUGCACCCACGCUUAGCAUAUGGAAGACCAUGCCUUACACUGGCCAUGGCCACGCAGAGAACUCCCACCGGUACACAGAAGGUUAAAGUUCUACCAUUGGGAGAUAAAUCUGCUGUUCUAAGACAAAAGAAUAAUGGCGAAGCUUCAUCUAUAAAAUUGCUGUCAAGAGUGGAACAGCUGAGGUUGUUAUCAAAAGCAGAAAAGGCAGGCCUUUUAUCUGCUGCUGAAAACUUUGGGUUUUCUCUUUCGUCGAUAGAAAAACUGGGCCUUCUUUCAAAAGCAGAGGAGCUGGGAAUACUUUCAGCAGCAACUGAUCCUAACACACCUGGAACGCUUCUAAAUCUAGCAAUAGUUCUUCUACUUGCAGGCCCGUUAUGUGUCUAUUUUGUUCCUGAGGAUUCCAUUUGGCAAAUAGGCUUGCAAACAGUAGUAGCUUUGCUCUCUGUUGUGGGUGGCCCUGCAGCAUUUGCUGGAUCAAAUUUUGUAUCUAUGUUGCAGAAAUCAAGCUAAGAAUAGAAUUGUUCAAUGACUCAUCAUGCAUCUUUCUCUCUGGUUGAACUUAUUGUGUUUUUUGUUUUAGGAAAUGACAUAUAAAGAAUUUGAACCUUCUGCAUUAUUCAGAACUAGAAAAUUGAUUUAUAUCCUACCGUUCGUAUUAUUAAGAAUCGUUUGAAGUGGUUUUGAUUU